GCAUGGAACGUCUGUACAAAUUUUAAAUUCGUGUCGGAAGUACGCAAUAUGUAUGCUAAACUUCGGUUUAAGUCAGAUUGAAGAAAUCUUUACGCACAGUUGCACUAUGAUUAUAUUUGAAAAACACUAAUUUAUUUAAAUAAAUACAGUUAAGUGUUUGAUAUAUCAAUUAUAAAAUAUAUUAAUUACGUAAAUUUUAUGUUUAAAUUGUUUUCUUAUACAUAUUACUAUUGUUUAUAUAUGCACAUAAAUAGUGCUCAUUGCUAUAAAGCAAGUAAUAAAAUGAAAAGUAUGAGAGAAAGUUUUAAUAUUUAAAACGUUAACAACAUUAGGUAGCAAAAUUAUGGCACACACGAAGAUAACUAAAGUAAGGGAAGAUGAUUUUCUUGAAUGCUUUCUUUACCCUAAAAUUUGUUAUACACAAUCUCCAGAGACAAUAACAGAAGAUAUACUUCUACAAGAAAUUACAAAAUACAAUGAAGAAAUUGCACCAUUUAUCGAGGGCUAUAUCUGGCACAGUGACACUUUAAUGUUACGUCCCAGAACAAAGCAAGCAUUAUUAUUAGAAAAAUUAAUAGAAAACUCGUCAACUGUUGAAGAAUGUGAUAUUUUACCCCAUAUUUACAUAUCGUUGCACUUUGACGAAGACAUAAGUGAUGAAUGGUUCACAGUAUUUCUUAUAUUUAAACUUACACAGAAGUUUGAUGGAUUAAUUGCUAAAUUAGUUGAUUCUGAUGGAGAAUUUCUAUUAAUCGAGACUGCUAAUGUUUUACCUUCAUGGGCUAGUCCAGAAACAUGCGAGAAUCAUGUAUACGUUUAUAAUGGGGAGUUACAUAUAGUUCGUGAGAAAUAUAAAACGUUUCUUGAUUUAUUAAAUAAUUUACAACAAAAUUCAUAUUUAUCUAAAGCAUCUGAAAAGAUACAAAAUGCUUUAAAAAAACGAAUUAGCAGUUAUCCAGAUGAAAUUGAGAAGAGGCAUCACAAAGCUAGAGUCUUUUUACCAGAAAAGGCAGUUUCGAUACUUCAUCAAGAACCAAGACUUGUUGCACCAGCCAUUAGGACUAUUUGUCAUUCUGAUCCACUUGAAAGAAAAGUGUGUCGAGCCAUGAGAUAUUUUCCUCCUGAGCAGCGAAUUAUGGUUAAUGUAAAAAUGACUAAGUGUUUAUACGCAAUGGCAAUGCAUUGUAGAUAUACAGGAGAUCCAAGAACAGGCUGGAAUAUACCACCAACCAAUUGUUCGAAGUACAAUGCACAUAUUCUUGGUGUAAAAAUAGCGUGUGGUUUAGAAAUGUUAGUUGCUCAUGCACACGAACAACGUAGACAUAGAGUAAAAGAAACAGAUAAUGAUUCUGAUAAAUUGAAAGUCAACGAAUAUGCUCUAAAUGCAUAUUUAGCACGUUUAGAAGCUAGUGGCUACUUUAGAAAUCUAUUAAAAGGCAGUCAACAAUAUGAAAAGCUUCUAAAUACAGCAAAAGAUUAUUAUUUACAGCAUUUACAUUCAUUUAAUUCUGCUAUAAAUAAUGUUAAAAGUGACGCAGAGAAAGUUUUAGAAGCAUGGGAAAGUAUACAGUCUAAUGAUGUUGAUCUGCAUGGACAAGACGAAGCUACAUUGAGUCCUGCAGAUAGUGAUAGUUGGUUAAAUGUGGAUCCAGCACAGUUAGAGGCAUUUUUAAAUGAACAAUGGGGAAAUGUUAAAAAUAAGAACCAGAGACAAGAACCGCUAAGCCUUCGAGAGAAAGUACAGUCGUUUUUCAAUCAUACUAGCGAUAUUGAUGGUGUACAACUUUUAGGAGACCGUUCUGCAGAUGCUGACAUAAUGCAUGAUCCAGAAGAUAAUGGAAAAAUUGAAUUUGAUGCAGAUAUAUUUGAUAGUGCACUGAAAGGUAUAUUAGAUUUAGUUGUUCCAGGGAGUGAAGGCGAAUUCGAAGGAAGUUCAGAAGGAUCUUUAGGUGAAGAUGACGAAGAUAAAGGUGGCGAAAUGGAUAAGUAUAUGCGACUAUUAAAUUCAGAAUUACAAUCUGAAAUGGUUAAAGAUGAAAGGUUCGAAACAAAUACAAGAUCUGAUAGGAUAGAAGAAAAUUUAAUGAAAAGCAUUAAAGAAGAAGCAGGUGGUUCAGGACCAGCUGGAAAUAUAAUUGGCGGACCCGUUCGACGGUUUAUGCAUUUGCAGUUACAGUCGCCUACUACUGUACCUCCCGACUUACAAAGUUAAUGACAUUGAUUAUACGAUACAUUAAUAAGUGUUGACAUAUUUAAAUUUUCUCUGUUGACCAGUUCAUAUAAACUAAAAUUAUCCGUCAGUUGGGAAAAAAUGCUUGUCCAUAAAUUCUAUGAAAAGAAUAUCUCAUAUCUAAGUACAUAUAGGUAUAAUAUUGGGGUAAGGGUAAUUGUUACAAACUAAUAAUAAAAAAUUAUAAUUCCGAAGUUUUUUUAGAGCGAACAAAUUAUAUUUAGUUCAUAAUAUCACACUUCAUAUCUUUAGGAAUUAUAACAGAGUUAACAUUUUUUUAUACACGUAAUUUAGUUUUAUGUUAGUGUUCGGCUUACAAACGUACAUUGAAUCACUUAAUUGAAUAUAAUAAUAGUAAUAUAAAAAUGCAUACACUUAUUUGUGUAUUAUUAUGUACAUACAAAUUAAUAAAGCAUCCUUACAUGAUAAAGUUACUUCGCUAUUUUAACGAUGGAUUAAACCAUUUUGGAGCUUUUGUUUUAUUUUCACUUAAUGACGUAUCAGUGUUUGCAUUACAAUUUGAUUUACUAUCUGCAUUAAUUGAAGUAGUAUUUUUUUUUAUUCUUGGGCUUCGUGGGUUAACCAUUGACAUUCUACAAAAAAGUUAAUGCAAUAAGUAACAAGUUUUAUAAUGAAUAGGUAUUGUAACUGACCACUUACCUAACUUUAUUAACUUGAAUUUCAAUUUCUUUAGGAUCUAUUAGUUUUUCUUUAAUUUCUGGUUUUAAAUUUGACGAUCCGGAAUAAUAAAUAAUAGCAGAAGGAACCAAAUCCUCAUCGAUUAAACGUUUAUCGGGAUCCAAAAUGUGUUUCGGGGGUGCAGUAACUGUUGAUAAAUAAAGUACUUAACCUUUUUUGAAAAUACUAUAUUAUGUAACUUUAAUUUGCAUGGCCUUUAACUUAUAAGACUAGUUUAAUGAUAAUAAAAGUCCAAAUAUUUGUAAAUUCUGAAUGCACGGAUAGUAAACAAAAAAUUAUAUUAUGCAGUUAUAUUAUUUGGAGCAUCUACAUUGAAUAUUUCUAAAAUAUAAAAAUUAUUUUUAUGCAAUAACACGUCAUUACUAGCAAUUUAAUUGAGUAUAUUGAUUAUAUGAGAGAUUUAAUGAGAAAUAAUUAUAAAAUCAAACUCAAGUAUUUUGCAUAGAAGUUGGACGAAAUCUGAUCAUGCUAUUAUAAAAAGUUACGUACUUGUAUUGUUUAAAAGUCUAUUACAUAUAAAUGUACUGUCUUAUAAAUGAUAGUAUUAUUAAUUAUAAUGGAAUUUUAGGUGUAAUCUUAUUAUUAAUAUUACUGCCAUUAUAUACAUAUAGGUUCAUUUCUCUUGAAUUGUAUAAUUUUUACAUAAUCAUACAAUGUAUAUGUAUAUAUUAAGUAAGUCAUUACUAACUGCUGUCUGAAUAUAUUAUUAAUUGUA